AUGCGGGGAACUGCAGCGCUAUCGAGGUGUUCAGUAGUGCCUGUCGCUUCCAGUUACUAUGUUCUGGUGAGAGGUCGAGCCUUUGUGGCGUCAUUCUCGCUGAAAAAAACAGUCUGUCUAAAUUUGCGUAAAUGCUAUUUAAGCUCUUUGCUUACGCGACAGAGGUCUCACUUUGUUGGAUGCCCUUUGUUUUUUUCUUUGAGAGGCCACUCUGACGUAUCAUCGUCGAACAACAGUCAAAGCAACGAAACACAUCAACAUCCGAGCGCGUUUAUGGACGACAAUGAGGACGAAGAUAAAAUAAUAAAGAAAUGCAAAUGGAACUCACCAGAGUUUCCGGAGCGCUUAGGCUUUGGACUGAAUGAGCCCUUUGACGAGAAUCAGCUAAGACGACAUUAUAGGAUUUUGGUGAAAUUUUUUCAUCCAGACAGCUCAACAGCACCACCCCAGUACGCCACUGAAGCAUUUCAGAAAAUUAAAGAGGCUUACGAUGCGUUAAGUUCUACUCUCAAAGAAAGUACAAAUGAACCUAACUCUGGGGCCGGUGCCUACCAGAGUGUUGCAAGCAUGACCUUCGCAGAUGAAGCGCGUCGGCGUGCCCAGAUUCGGAUUUUGGGUGACACAAUUGUACUUUUCCUUCUCAUGAAUCUUUUUUACAUCUAUUUGGUCCUCCGGCACAACGUAAAGCGCCUGGGAUAUCAUUAUCUGUGGCAUUUUGUGGGUAUAUUUUUUAUUAUCCAGCUUUUUCCCCGGCUUCUGGCCGCAGCGGUCUUGUUUGCAUGCCAUACGACCUACCUCAUAAAAAAUGCGGAGCUCAAAGAGCAGAAUGCUACAACGAUAUUGUUACACCAUGGUGAGCAUGACAUGCAGAUGCAAUUGCAGGGUAUUACAGACAAGGAUGCCGCCAAUGUGGUGAUCCAAGUAGUGGUCAGCGUUCCGAAUGAUAUAACCACAUCCCCCACAGCAACGUGUACCAAAGAAGGGACAAAACAUCCAAAAAAGGAUGUUCAAACCCUUUUGCAUAGCACUACCCUCACGUUCGAUAAAGGUAUACUGGAUAUUGUACUUCCUCUCCCACCCAAAGGCUUAGAACAAAAAACUACGUACUCUGUAAAAGCGGUCGAUGAAAUUCGGAAAUUUGUUUUGGUAGAUAAGACUUUUAGCUUAAAGGCUUAA